GUCUGAUGUGUGGAGCUCUGUCUUGUUCGCCAUGGCAGCGUCAGCGUAGUCUUCCGUGAUAACAGCGGUCUCCACGGUAACGGAAGACCUGAUGAUCACACAUACAGACAGGUUACUUUGUGAUGCGAAACUGCAGUGUGAGUCCUGAUGGGGGAGUGGGAGUCCGGUGUAAACCAUGCACCGUCUGCUCAGGACAGUCUGGUGAAGUACUCCACAUUUGCUGACUCGAUGUGCGGAAACAAGCGUCAGUGACACACCAACAGAGACACCUGCUUAAGUGCCUACAGUCUUUGCUCCUUAAGUGUGGAUCAUCCUCACUGUGAUGUAAGAAUCAAUCACGGUAAAUAAUCACAACUGAUGAUGUUGAUCGGUUGAUCCCUGUCUGUCUGGCUGAUUCAGAGCAUCGACUUUUAUCUUCAAAACUACAGAAGCUCGCUCACGACAUGUUUCAUCGCGAGCUCUGAUUGGCUGAGAUGAACCCACCCAGAGGGAAAUCCCGUACGCAUGCGCAGUAGAGGAGCGAGGGAGGGCACCGUGUUUGUAAAGUUUAAAGUCAGACUGAGUUAAGAUUUGUGGGUUUAAUUAAAUCAUCUUCAUCGUCUGCUGGAGAACACGGCAGCACGCAGACAGACAGAAGCUCCGGCAUCGGGGCCGAGACACUGUGAGGUCGCAGCGCUCCAUGCCGGGCCAAGGGGCGCGACCGCCGGCAUGAAGAUCGAGUUCGCCCCGCUAAACAUCCCGCUGCGGAGGAGGCUGCAGACCGCCGCCGUCCUUCAGUGGGUCUUCUCCUUCCUGGGUCUAGCUCAGUGCUGUCUGGCUGCCUUCGUCCUCCUGGCUCUCUCUGAUUGGUGGAUGGUGACUCUGCUCUAUGCCGGUUGGCUGUGGUUGGACUGGGACACACCCACCAGUGGGGGUCGGAGGUCACGGUGGGUCAGUAGCUGGACCAUCUGGGAGUACUUCAGGGACUACUUCCCUAUAACGCUGGUUAAAACGGUCGAUCUGGAUCCAAAGAAAAACUAUAUCUUUGGAUUUCAUCCCCAUGGUGUGCUGGUAGCGGGCGGGUUUGGGAACUUCUGUACGGAGGCGACAGGUUUCUCUCGCCUGUUUCCUGGACUGAAGCCUCGCCUGCUGAUGCUGCCGUUCUGGUUCAGAGUCCCGCUCUUCAGAGACUACAUCAUGUGUGGAGGUCUGGUGUCGAGCUGUAAGGCCAGUAUGUCGUACCUGGUCAGUCGUCCCGAAGGAGGUAAUGUUGCCGUCAUCGCGGUGGGAGGAGCUCCAGAGGCUCUGGACGCUCGACCAGGAGCUUUAACUCUACAGGUGCGAAACAGGAAGGGCUUCAUCAAACUGGCUCUCAAACACGGAGCUCAACUGGUUCCAGUCUUUUCUUUUGGAGAAAACGAGUUGUUUGAUCAGAUGGAGAAUCCCAGCGGCUCUCCUCUGAGGAAGCUACAGAACCGGCUGCAGAGCAUCAUGGGAGUAGCGCUGCCUCUGUUUCACGCCAGAGGUGUUUUCCAGUACAGCUUCGGCCUGAUACCCUACAGGAAGCCCAUACGCACUGUCGUGGGGAAGCCGAUCUCGGUCACCCAGACUCCCAGUCCCAGCAGCGAGGACAUCGAGAGUCUUCAUAAAGUUUACUUGCAGAGUCUGACUGACCUGUUUGAGCAGCACAAACACACUUAUGGCCUCAGCGAGGACCAGCACCUGACAUUCAUAUGACCACACGUGUAUUACCUGGUUGUAACCUGUAUAUGACCUGACCGUCACAUGGCCGUCAGCUGGUCAGGGUGUGAAACUGUCAGUCUUAACUGACUGCUCCUCUAUUGGACAGCACCGUGCUAACACUGCCAACAGAGAUCAUUGAUUUUAACGAGGAAUGUUAACACUGCUAGCAGAGCUUUCAUGGUGGUAUAAGCAAUGUCUCUGUCUGGAAAGACGAGUGUUUGUUGUGUUUAUGUAAUAAAGUGACAUCAGCUGAUGAUGAGGUAACAGAUGAUUGACGGGUGUGACAUCACUGUGACAUCACAGUGACGAUAAGUGACCCAGAGGAGAUGGAGCAGUCUGAUAGGUUGAUUUGGACUGAAUCCCCACAAGAAGUCAAGUCAGUUUUAUUUGUAUAGCACCAAAUCAAUUUUAGUUUAACUCUGCUGCUCGGACUGUCACAGACCGUUAGCAUGUUAGCCCCAAGCUAACAUGCUAACGGUUGCCACUGAAAUUAACGAGGACUUGAUAGGGAAGAAGACAGGAGGGGCCUCCUGCACAGGAGUACACCGAGGAGCUGUUGAGGGUCAGCCCUUAAUGGAAGGGAGGGAAGGGGGUGUCAGAUCAGACCUUCUCACGAUCCGCAUACCGAGCUCCACGGGAUCUUCUACGGUGGUGACGCCAUUUUCCAGGAAAUCUGAUUGGUCAGUAGGCGGGGCUUCUAUACGCGUUGAUCUCUGGAGCAGGUCAGGUGUGCAGCAUAAGUGACCAUGGCGAUGAACCACGGUAAGAAGCGAGUCACCGUCCUAACCCUGAAAAGCCGGGAUUAAACCUAAAGUUACUUCGCUCACCACAGAUCCUGCGUCGUAGUCCAGGUCUCUGGUCUUGGUCUUGAAACCUUCUGAUUCAGAGCAGGCGAACAUGAACACGUCAAUGAGGUGAAGCACUGAAGUUUUCAGAGGAUCAGCAGCAGACCCCUCACUCUGGUUUCUUACAGUCAGAGACAGUGGAGCUGCUCAGGUGAAGUAAAGCUGAACAUGAUAAACCAGCAGCUGCCGAGAGGCUGUUAUGGUCUGUAAUGAAGCUAAUCGACCCCAAGAGGUCAGCACGAUACAAGACACGACAGAGACACGGUAACCACAGACUCUUCUUAUCGACUAAACCCUGAAAUAUUAUAACACGCUGUGUACUUGGACCGUGUGUGAAGUAUGGCUUCAUUCUCACCGCUUCGGGAGGACCUGGGUCGCCCCGACUGUUAAGGAACAUGGAGCCACUUAAUUUUUUUUAAUAGGCCCAAACUUUUUUCUUGGCUCUCAUACUGGUGUUUUAAAUUGUAUUCCUGAUGUCUUAGACCCCGGCUGGUCCUGAUUUUAAUUCAUUUAACCACAGCACUGCUUCGCUGGGCUUGAUCCGACUCAGGAGGACGGAAAACUCGGGUUGGAUUGCUACGGCACUGACCUGGAUUCCGUCGCUACACCUCCUUCUACCGCAUGCCGAUCUGCAUGUUUCCUUCAGCGCCCAAAUUCAAGGGAGUGAAACGUACAGUGUGGUUGCUCUCUGCUGUACUGUGUUUGUUAAUUUUGUGCAUUCACGAGACCGAAAACGUCCGCGCUGUGCUCUCAAAUCCGGACGAAACAUGCGCAUCUGGCUGUUCACCGAGUAUCUAUUCACUACCCCUGCCCUUGUUGUCCUCUCACUCUGUGGACUUCUCCCGUCUGAUUGGUGUCAUGGCUCUGCUGGACAGUUUUACCUCUUCUAUGAGCGGACUCUGCGAUUUUGAAACAGAAAUAAACACUAAGAAAGAAUCCUUCAGUAAACCACUUAGGCACUGGUGUCAAAUUCUUCUGUUGCUGCUAAUCUCCGGGAAUGUGCAACCCGGUCCAGGCCCAGAUUCUGCUGUAAGUCUUCGAGGACUGGUCUUGGGUUCAUCCAUUUGAAUGUACACAGUCUUUCCACUAAUAUGGACGUGAUAGGUAUUUGGGCACAUUCAACCGAUGCUGAAGUAAUUGUUUUGUCUGAGACUUGGCUAAACAAAUCUGUUCUGAACAAGGAUAUAAGCAUUCGUGGUUUUAAUGUAUAUAGGAGUGACUGAUCCAAAAGGGGUGGGGGUGUCACAGUCUUUAUCAAAAAUAAGUUUCACGCGAAUGUGCUUCUCUCUAAAUCGGUGAGUAAGCAUUUCAAAUUUUGAGGUCUCUGAAACUCUGUUGUCGGUUGCUACAGGACACCUCCAGCUGUCAGUGGUGCUCUACCCUCUUAAUGCAGCUUGUAUUGGGAUUGAAUUUGAAAGAAAUAGUCAUUAUUUGAGAUCUAAACUGGAACUGGCUACGUACUGGCUACGGCCAGUAUCUGAUGAUUUUAAAUCUUAUUGUGACUCUCAAAUCUUUAUCAGAUUAAUAGUCCCCCAGACCUAAUUUGAAAUGUCUUGUCUUGAAAAUCCUGUUUUAUUGAUCUAAUCCUAACAUCUAAUCCUCAUAAAGACACAGCUGCUUCUGUAUUUGCAAAUGACAUUAGUGACCAGUGUGUUGUUGCCACAGUUAGAAAUACAAAAAGUCUCGAAACCAAGCCACAUGUCACUAUUAACCACGACAUGAAACAUUUUAUGGAAAAAGGGUUUGUUCAUGAGCUGUUUGACUUUGAGAGAAAAUGUAUCUCAUUGCUGAUGUUGAAAAGGCCUGUAAAUUCUUUUAUAAUGGUUUUACUGAAAUUGUCAACAAGUUUGCUCCCCCCGAAAAGUAUAGUUAAAGGCCGAAACCGUGAAUGGUUCAAUGAUGGUUCACUCCAUAUUAACAGAUUUACUUCAUGAGCGCGAUGUGGCCUGGACCCUAAUGAAGUUCAUUUUAUAUGGAAAUCUGCCUUUGUUCUUCCCUUGUUAGAAGGGGGUGACCCUACACUCUUAAGCAAUUAUAGGCCCAGGUACGAAUAGUGUGUCCUGGUUAAGGUUCUGAAAUCCCCUGUGAGUGAACAGCUGAAAGAGUUUUUAUCUACUAACAGUAUCUCGUAUAAAUCAAUAAAUUGGGUUUUUACUUUAGAAUAAUGUCUGGCCUUUCCUUUGAGGUCAAAAGGAGGCUUGUCGCCGCCACCUUUAAGUCUGUGCUGGAUUCUUACAUUAUUAUUUCAUGCAUGCAUCUUCACGAUGCCUACACGCGCUGGCUACUGUCCAACAUGGAGCACUGAGGCUUAACACAAGUUUUAAAGCCCUCACUCACCAUUGCGUGUUGUAUGCGCGGGUUGGAUGGUCUGCCCUUGUCCACCCUUGUGCUUAACCACUUGCAUGUAUUUAUUUAUAAGGCUACUCUAGGUCUGCUUCCAUCUUAUCUUCUGAUCUGGAUUCUUUGAAAAGCAUGGGGAAUUAUUGACUUUGCUCCAAGGACUUUUUCCCACUGUCUGCACCGAAUUGGGAAAAGGGCUGUUGAAGUUUGCUGCUCCCUUUGCCUGGAAUCAGUUAGAAAAUCACCUGAAUCUCAGAGAGCGGGUCUCACUGGAUGCUUUUAAAGUCACCUCAAAGGACCUGGCUUUAGAUGUGUGUUUUCUGACUCAUAUAGCCCCGUUUGAUCCCUGAUGUUGAUGACUUGUGAUGAAUAUUUUUGCUUUUUUUUUUUUUAUUUUAUCUUGUGCUAAACCCUGUUUAUUGUGCUGCCGCCUGUCUUGGCCUGGACGCUCUUGUGAAGAGAAUUUUAAUCUCAGUGAGACUUUUCCUGGUUAAAUAAAGGUUGAAUAAAACAACAAAAAAAAAAAAACACAACAGUGUUUACCGUGACGUUUAUUGACAUGUUUACAUCAACAUGUGGACAAUCAAACAGAGUGAGACCUCCUCCUACUGCUCCUCCGCCCUAUGGGACACCCUUACGUGCACGCGCGUUGCACGCUCGCUCUCUCGCUCACGCGCAGAUCCAGCCCUCUAUCUUCUUCCAAACUACAGAGAUGGAUGAUCUGGACCCGGAUCUGAUGACGAUGAUGAUGAGGAAGGUGCUGCUCAUUGGCUGCUGUGCAGAGAGACGCGCUGUUUGCUGGGGAGAGGAGUGACAGGAGGUGGAGAGGAGUUUGUUUUUCUUUAAAAGGUGAAGAGGAAGAAACUUCCCGCCGCAGCUCAGAUCUCUGACUGACAGAAGAAGAAUCGGACUAAAACCAGCAGAAGAAGAAGUCGGAGGAGCUCCCGAUGAAACUUUUUGCUCUGUAAACUGCGCGCGUUCCCGCCGCCCCCGGCUGCCUCGAGACUAACGCGCAUGCUCUCUGCACAGUUGUUUUGUUUUUUUCCCGUCUGUGUAUAAUGGACCGAUUGUGUCACCGGGCUCGGUGGUGACGUCACCGGAGAGAAAGGACCGGAGGAAUGCGCGCAGCCGCUGAUCCGGACCAGGAGCGGGAGCGCGCCUCAACUGAGUACAUGAGC